GCUUCCCCAAUGGAAUUGGAAACUAUAAAAUGUGCAGCAAAGCAAAAACAGUGAGGGAUAUCUCUUGGCGAGAGACUUGGCGACGAUAACAACAACAAGAGUGCAAAGUGCCACACAAGAUUGCAACUCGAGUGCGUAGGAAAAACGCUCAGAAUAUGCAGUCGUUGGUGGUAAUGGGAAACCAGCAAUGGGCUGGAGACACACGUGAGUGAGGACUUUCGAACAGCCAACUUAUCGGGCGAUGGUAAAAGAAGGGCCAUUUGCCCACGUGAGGAAACGACCGAGAAAUUCCGCUCUGCAAAAAUAGCGAGAAAAUUACGACAUGUCUUUAGAGGCACUCCCUGCGACAAUAGCGGUUUCUUGAUCAUGGUCUUCUUGCAACGAGAACGGGACAUUGAACGAAACCAUCUUCACCAGUAAGUCAUCCGCAAAAGUCGAAUGACAUGCAAUUCUGGAGGCUGCCAUGCCGAGUUCUGCAGCACUCAACAUGCACACGGAGGUGACUGUCAAUCUCUCUAAUGGCGCUUCUUUGGUUGCCUUUACACGUGACCCCACCUGAUCAUAUGAGUGGCGUGUUUCAUUCAUUUAUCCAAAUUUGUACAUCAUUAUCUUAAACUCCCCGCUCUGGACUUGUUUCCGUUUGGCCCCCCCAUUCCAACUUGCCCAUUGGCGUAGAUUGGACAACGACAUCAUGUCUGUCACAUCCCUCUCGAUCGUCUCGCCUACAGACUUUCAUGUAUUGACAGUCGAGGCGGGCUCUCGUCUCAAGGGUUAUGUCAACAUUCACUUGUCGAGCUCUCAAAAGGACAUCAAUAUCACUCUCACACUAACAGGCGCCUACACGGCAACUUGGCCCUCUUCUCCUUCACAUCCCUCGGGCUCCGAACAAGGACAUGUUGUCAAAUACUCGGCUGUUGCCUACGACAGCAAACAAAAAGGAACUGGAGGAGUCUUACCAGGAGGCUUCCAUCGCAUUCCCAUUGAUAUCAAUACUGCGGAUCUGAAUGGCCUCGAUUUACGAGACCUACCUCCUUCCUUUCGCUAUGACGCAAAGUGGGGAAAGGAUAUGCAAGACAACGUUGAUGACAAGACACCUGUGGGCUGCUUUCAAUGCGUGUAUUCUCUCAAGUGCAACAUAUCCUGGGCAUCUGGAUCCAAACUUGUGCGACGCAAGACCAAAGUCUGCCAAGUGGAGGUAUUGGUCAUUACGCCCACCAGGUACCGUGCCAAACUCUUGGCAUUCCCUUAUCCAAGUCUCAUUGGCAACACCCUGGCACCUGGUUCACCUCGUCCGGAUCUAUGGGCGACGCCCCAUCGGAUCGUGGACAAGGGUCUCGUGAGAUGGUCUCUGACGGUCCCAAGACGCAGCUGCAUGGCCGGAGAUGUUCUUAAAUGCAUAGUGGGUCUCGGACCUGCACCCCCCAACAUGGAAAUGGAUUGCGUCAAACUGGAACUCUCCGAACGCGCCACCUUUACUUCUCCAAAAGGAGGAACAGUCGUCGCACUGAGUGGAGCCGGCGAAGGCCUUUUACCUUCUGCCUCUCCCACACGUGUCAUUGCCGCCGUUCGCGAGUCUUCUUGGGGUCGCCAGAACGGCUGUGCAGAAACAGACACGGCCGCCAUUCGUACCCUGCCCAUCAAAAUCCCUUGGGACGCCUCAGCCACCAUGGACACGCUGUUUUUCAAAAGUGUCGUAGUCCUCCGGCUCACCAUUCGACUGGUGCACCCUGACGGGUCAACCGAAACAUCUACUGUUGUCGAACUCCCGAUCCACAUUGUCGCCCCCGACAUUCGCAUGGGCCGGCCUUUCCCUCCAAUCCUCCCCCACCGAAAGGAGACCACAACCGAGACUGGCAUUUCCGAUCUCACCGACAGUGCAGUUGACAUGGACAAGGAGGAUGAUGAUGACGACACGUUGUGUACAGAUGAACAGGGUGUCAGGUUUGGAGCUAUACCCGGCGUUGCACCAGAUACGGUCGUGGGAACCUUCAAGGUCGUCUAUCCCUACUUUGCACGAGGCCCCGAAGAACUGAGCGUCCGGACUGGUGACGUCGUUCAUGUCAGUAAAUCUUUUGCAGACGGUUGGUCGUACUGCAGCACGACCACCACCACCACACACCCUUCUGGCCUCGUACCCACGCACCAUCUCGUCCAUUUUUCAAUCGAGCCCAUCCCACCCCUCCUUGGCUUUACUCCACCUCGAUCGCUUCCUUUCCUGGACGCCCGCUUCCUAUGUCGCUGCGAGGACCGCUACCUGCUUUGGAUUGAGGCUGUCAAGGAGGGUGUAGGCUUUGUCGUUCGACCAGAGAUGGCUCGUAUUCCAGAGCCCUUGCGUCCGUCUAAUGAUUGGAAAAUUGGGGGGCGUGCGCCUGUGAGGGCAUGUUCGAGAUGUCGGUGGUUGUGGAUGCAAGAGAGAAUAGAGAGUGCUUGAGGUACAUGUAAUUUAUUCCGUAGUGUGAAUCAACGUUUUGUUGGUAUGUAAAAAAAGUGUAGAUAUGUACUUGAAAGAUGUAUUGUAUGGGUUGUCAAAGUUUUUGGAUGUAGCUUUUGAUUUGUAUUAAACAGUAUAUAUUCCUUGUGAAUA